AUGGCACAAGUGAGCGCCACCAAACUAUUCCUUGCCCUCAUAGGCAUCCUUACAAUAGCGCUGCUCGCGUACAAAGUGUUCUCUGUCAAUUCAAAAUCGAAGUUCAAUCAUCCUCUUCCACCCGGCCCGAAACCAAGACUGUUGGUGGGAAAUCUACCCGACCUUCCACCCACUGGCGCCAAAGAAUGGCUUCACUGGAUCAAGCAUAAGGAGCUUUACGGUCCUAUCAGCUCUCUCACAGUUCUGGGCCAGACCCUGAUCAUUAUCAACGAUUACAACGUGGCAGUCGAGCUGAUGGAGAAGCGCUCCGCCAUCAACUCUUCGCGACCACAUAUGGUGUUUGGGUCUGAAAUGUGCGAUUGGGGAAAGGCGCUUGGACUAAUGCCUUACUCGACUAAAAGUCGUGCACUCAGAAAAGCGCUGCACACCGUGCUUGGCACUUCUGCUGCUAUUGACCCGUUCCGACCGCUUCUCGAGCUGGAAACACGGCGGUUCCUGCUCAAAGUGCUUGACAAUCCUCAAGAUGUGCUUCAGCUUAUCCGGACGCAAGCUGGCUCUAUUAUUCUGAAGAUUAGCUAUGGCUAUACAAUCGAACCAAGUGGGCACGAUCCGCUGGUGGAUCUUGCAGAGGAAGCCCUUGACCAGUUCUCGAAGGCUUCCACGCCUGGAGUCUGGAUGGUGGAUGUGAUACCUGCGCUCAAGUAUCUUCCUGAAUGGCUUCCCGGGACUGGCUUCAAGAGCACCGCACGGCAGUGGAAAGCAACUCUUCAUGCGGCGGCGGAGAUCCCAUACAAGUUUGUGGAGCAAAAGCUUCGCAGCGGGACGGCCGAGCCUUCGUACCUUUCAAAGCUCAUUCAAGAUGAUAAAGGAUCGCUCGCCCCGGAGGCCGAAGAUGUUGCUCGGUGGUCUGCCUUCUCACUGUACGCGGGAGGCGCCGAUACCACCGUGUCGUCCAUGGGCUGCUUCGUCCUGGCCAUGACGCUCUAUCCCGAAGUCCAACGCAAAGCGCAAGCCGAGAUCGACGCGACCAUUGGCUCUUCUCGCCUGCCGACAUUUUCCGACCGCGCGGCCCUUCCCUACGUCGACGCGUUAAUCAAGGAGGUUCUUCGUUGGCAUCCAGUGGCGCCGUCGGGAGUCCCUCACUUGACAACCAAGGCUGAUGUCUACGAGGGGUAUUUGAUCCCUGAAGGCAGCCUUUUGAUUCCCAACCAGUGGGCCAUGCUGCAUGACGAGACCGUCUAUCAUGACCCCAAAAGGUUCGACCCUUCGCGCUUUCUUGGUCCAAAUGCCGAGCCAGACCCUCAUAACCUGGCAUUCGGGUUCGGCCGUCGUAUCUGUCCCGGCAGACUGUUCGCCGAUGCGACGCUGUUCUCCACCAUUUCCGGGUUUUUGGCCGUUUUUGACGUGCGCAAGUGCGUCGAGAAUGGAAAGGAAAUUGAUCCCGUCGUGGAUUUCGCCUCGGGCAUCAUCAGUCACCCCAAGCCGUUCAGAUGUGAUAUCCUACCGCGGUCAGCCAGUCACGAGAAGCUGAUUCGGUCCGUCGAGGUUGAUCAUCCCUCUCCGGAACACGGCGACGCAAAAUUCCUAGCUAACCAAAUCAUGGUAUAG